AUGGGUGGUGGUCCAAGAGUUGCAUACCCCAAGCACGUCUGGUCUCCGACCGGUGGUUGGUACGCUCAGCCGUCCAACUGGAAAGCCAACACUGCCGUCUUCUCCCUCGUCGUCUUCGGAAUCACUGGUCUGGCAUGGAAACUUAGCGCCGACCGUGAGUACAGGCAUAAGAUGCCGGAGCCCGGCCGAUUUUUCCCCAGCAGAUACUGGAGCAAGCAGAUUGUCGAGCACGAACAAGCACAGGCCGGAAAGAAGAGCGAUUCAUGA